AUGGUGGCGCCCGCUCGCGCGAGCUCGUCGCGGGCCACAGCGUCCGAGCGCCUCAUGUUGAUCCCAGCCAUCGACAAGAGGAACACGAGUGGCUACAAGAACGUGACGUACAGCCGCAGCAAAAAGAAGUUCGAGGCGAAGGUGCACGCUGAUGGCAAGCGUGUCCACCUUGGCCGCUUUGACACCGCCGAAGAGGCGGCCACCGCCUACGCUCGCUCAGAGCGGAGAGAGGGCCUCACCCUCACCGCCAGCAGCAGCAGCAACAGCGGCUACAAGGGCGUCCGCUACUGCCCGAAGGAGCGAGGCAGCAAGAAGUACCAGCUGAGGGUGAAGGUCGACGGCAAAGAUGUCCACCUAGGACGCUUCGACACCGCCGAGCAGGCGGCGCUCUUCUACGCCCGCAGGGAGGCGGGCAGGGACACCAGCGAUCUCACCGCGCCACCGCCGCUGCCGCCGCCACCUGAGCCUUCCUCUGCCGCUGGCGCCGAGGCAGUCCGGCAGGUGGGGAGGGAGGGCCUUACGCUCCUGGUCACCAGCAGCAGCAGCAACAACAGCUACAGGGGCGUUUGCUACGACCCGAAGCGGGAAGGCAGCAAGAAGUACCAGCUAAAGGUGAUGGUUGGCGGCAAGCAGGUCAGCCUCGGCUGGUUCGCCACCGCCGAGGAGGCGGCGCUGGCGCUUGCGCGGCACCUGUGGGACACGACCGUCCGCCUGCUCGAGCCGCAGCCGCAGCAAGCACCGCCGCAAGGCGCAGCAGGGCCUUCCGAGGCCAGCAGCUACUACUACGAGGAGGAGGACAGCUUCGACCCGACGGACAUUGCCGACGCCACGGCUCUCUCGCUGCUCUCCGACCCGCCGCCUUCCGUGAGCAAGCAGCGGGCGGCGAGGUGGCAGGCGCGCGCAGCAGAGCCGGCGGCGAGGGCGGAUGCUGCGGCGACGGCGGCGGCGCAGGCGGCGGCGGGGGCUGCCCCGCCAUGGGACGAGGUGGAGGUGGAGGUGGAGGCGGAGAGCGACAGCGAGGAGGAGUCGGAGAUGGAGGUGGAAGCGGCUGCCGCAGUUGCGGGCGUGUCCGCGGCUACAGCAGCAGAGGAGGAGGCCCUCGAGUGCGUUAUUUGCUUGGACGACCUCAGCGCACACCCCGAGGCGCGUCUGCAGUCUCGCGACCCUAAUGGCUGGGGCGCCACACGCUGCUGCCAGAGCCUCUUCCACUACCGCUGCCUGCACACUUGGCUCAGCGACGACAGCGAGGUCGAGACGAGCCGCGGUAUGGAGCCGAUAAACACGGCCUGCCCGGGCUGCCGAGGCUUCGUGUCGAAGUCGGCGUCGCGCAUGCUUAGUUAG